CAGCUUGCGAUCCAUUGUACGGCCGCGGUAGUAAUCCCAGGAAUCGGGAUAGAUUAUACACGGACCGGUCGCCGUUCGGACAACGUGGCUGGUGCCGGGCGGUAGACCUGUCUGCAGGGAUCACCUGCAUCCCCGAGCCCCCGAGAUGCCCGGCCUCCAUUCAGUAGACAGGCGAUUGAAGCAUCUUCUACAUGUGCAGGUGAAAACGCCUUCACUCAGUGACGAUGGGCUCGUCGCACUCAUAAUGUUGUAAUAGCUGGGCGGACCGGAACCAAAGAGGGAAAGAGACAAAUAAACUUUUUGGAUUUUGGACUGUGACCUGUAAGAAGGAUAAGAGUGCAAUCAUGGACAAGAAGUCAUUUGAGAUAGUGCUGGAUGAAGUGAGAAAGGCUGUUUCUACGGAUUAUAAAGUCAAGGCCUUGGAGCACGUACAAGGAUAUUUUUCCUGUGAACAGGUGGUGGAAUUAUUAAGAUACUUCUCCUGGUCUGUUCCUCAGCUGAAGGCGGUGAAGGCCAUGCAGCUUAAAAUGGUUGCCAUUCCUGCUGCAAAGGUUGUGAACAUCCUGAACUGCUUCACGUUCAGUAAGGACCGGCUGAGUGCCCUGGAGCUGCUGGCCUUGAAUAUUCAUGAUGCAUCAAAUUAUAAACCAGUCGAAGAACUUUUUAAGACAAAUCUAUCUGAGAAGAAACGCUGCAGAAGAAUCCUGGAACAGGCUGCAAAGAGAGGCUGCAAAGCGCCCAAUGCUAUGAUUUCUUCAUGUGGAAUAAUCCCUGGAAAUCCAUAUCCUAAGGGGAGACCCAGUCGCACUUACGGAAUAUUUCAUGGAACUCCAAUAAAGAAAGAAGGAGAAGAUGCAACCGAAGGCUUGGGUAUUGCCGCCAGAAUUCUUGGGCCCUGUAAGCCGCCGCCUUCUACAUAUAAUCCACACAGGCCAGUGCCAUACCCGAUUCCGCCGUGCCGACCUCACCCAACUAUUGCGCCAAAUUGCUAUGGGAAGACAAUGACGGUAAAGAAGGAGCAGUCAAACUUAAAUACCUCUGGAGAAGGUCAAACUUUAUCUGAAAGGGGAGGGGCAGCAAGCCUUAGUGCCAGUUGUCGCGAUUGGGCUAAGACAAACGAGAAUAACAGUGCAUACGUGAAUGGUUCUCUCAUUCCGAACUUGGCUCCCGGAACUUUACUUCCUGCUUAUUCUUCUAAUCCAGUUACACCAGCCCCAGGAAUUGAAGAUCCUGCUGCUCAAGAAAAAUCCACACCCAGCCAAGCUGCUGCUUCUCCACAUGGAAACAAUUCUGCUCCCCCAACACCUGUUGCAACUCCUGUCCCAGCUCCUUCUGCUUCUCCUGCUAUAACAUUGCAGCAACCAUCAACUCCUACCACUCCACACUCUGGAAUGAACAUGACUUCUCCUCUAACAAUGGCAUCUCCUAAAUCCUCUACACCCACUCCAACAGUAAUAAAAAGUGCUCAGAUGUCCUCUGGUACACCCAUACCAACGGUUAGCACACCUUCAACAUCGAUCCCUUCAGUAUUCCCUGGUCUUCCAGCCCAACCAAGUUCCUCCACACCAUAUGCUAAUCCUGGGUCCAAUAAUGCAGCAUCAUCCUUGUCACUUCCAGGAUUUCCAUUUUCCGCCACAUCUUCUACAAGCACUGUAAGCAAUGCUAUGAUGCCAUCUAUAUUUGCUGGUCUACAAUUGCCCUUUAAUCCUGCCUUUCAGGGUAUGGCUAGCCCAACUCUUUCUGAUUUUGCUGGAGCUGCUGGACAAAUAGGCAAUCCUUUGCUGUCUGUUUUAAAAGGAUUUUUAACUUCAAAUGAUCCAGGGUUAAUGAAUUCUCCAUCAAUGCCUUCAUUGCCUACAUCCGGACUGUUGCCAUUGUCAAGUCUUCCAAAUACAGAAUCAAUCUCCUCGUUAAACAAGUCUUUUACUCCUCCAUGUUCAACCCCCACACCUCAGAGAACCACCACUCCUGGAACUUCUAUAUUUUCAGGUUCCUCUUCACCUUCGUUAUCAAAUCCAAUUUCUACAUCAGCAUCAAUCCCAGGACAACCUCUGUUGGCCACACCAUCUCCUCUUAGUUGUGCAUCCAUAGGUCCACAAGCUCAGAGUGCGUCCACUUCCAUAUCAGAACAAAAUCUUACAUCUUCACCAUCUGCAGCUAAUGUAUUGGUCAAAACUGAACCAGCUAGUCCAUCACCUUCCGCUUUCAAGGGUCCAUCACGUUCAGCAACACCUUCUCAUGGUUCUCUAGGAUUGCCUCCAGUUCUAGGCCAUGUGUUUCCAUCCGGACCAAGUCUGUCUAAUUCAAUGAAUCUAGGAUUGUCAGGGCUUUCCUCAAUCAAUGGAAAUCUAGGCGGCCCAAACUUAUCUUCACUGGCUUUGGGUUCCUCUGCAGGAAUGCCUCCAGUUUUCCCUGCUUUCACAUCACUGGCCAAUGGAUCUCCAUUUGCAAGUAGCCCAGCUUUUACUCCAUCUGUUCCAAUGCUAACGUCUACCACCAUAGCUGCUACUGCAACUCCACCUUUAACGUCCUCAGUGUUCCCUGGCCUGUCAGCACCAGCUGCCGCAGCAGCUGCGGCUGCUUCUCAGUUUCCAUUAAACCUUUCCACUGCUGUCCCUUCACUGUUUCCUGUACCACAGGGACCCCUGGUCUCAUCAAAUCCAUCUUUUCCUGGAUUCACGGUUUCUAGCACACCACCAGUCAACCCUGCUCUUCCAUCCUUCCCUGGACUCCAGCCUCCCUCUACAUUGUCAGGAGUUCCUCCAGUGUCAGCAUGUGCAUCUGCUCCAUCUCCGGCAUCUGUCCUACCAGGAUUUGCAUCAGCUUUCAGCUCAAACUUCAACUCAGCCCUUGUGGCACAAGCCGGGCCUUCAGCUUUUCCUCUCCUUUCUCUCUCUGGUCUUCCUGGAUUUCCACAGAGUCCUUCUCAGUCGCUGCAAGGACUCCAGCAGAGCGCAGCGGCAGCGGCACAGUCUGCUUUAUUACAGGCAUCCGCCCUGGAAGGAUUUUCCGCACAAGCAGACGCCUUUGCCGGUUUUCCCACAGGACCUGGUACACCGUUUCCACUGCAGCCAGGAUUGCCCCAGCGCGGCUGGCAAUAAUCAUUCUUCAAGUCCACAGCAUUUUAGCGAGGUUCAUCUGUGUCACUGUUUUUAGGGUCUUUUUAGGUUCUGGAUUUUUUUAUUCUUUUUAAAAGACUUGUCUGAGGGUUUUGUUACUGUAACCGGCAGGCAUUAACUGACACAGGAAUCAUGACAAGGUUAGCCUAUGGGUCUAAUUUAUUUUUACAUUUUUUAUUUAGUCAGUUUUAUACUAUUUUAGUUCAUGAAAUGUAGUAUUCCUCACACCUUUUCGGUGAGUUUUAAUAGAGCACGUAAUUUGCCGCUUUAUGAUUUUAAAGAAUCGCAGAAAUGUUAGGGGUUUAUUCCUAGUGUUUUUUUUUUGUUUUUUUUUAAAGGGUAUAUACAUAUUAGGUGUUCCGUAUGAUUUGGCGAGAUCAGUGUAUAAUUUUUCUCAUUGGGCUGUUGGAUGUUGGCACCAUUUUACCAAUCUGUCCUUCUGUAGCAGGAAAUAGGCCACACCAGGGUGACAUUAGAAGUCUCAAGCUAGCCACUUCAAAUAGUUGAUCAGGUGGUGCUGGAAGUCAGACCCCCACCGCUCAGAUAUGGAUGACCUAUCCUGAGGAUAGGUCCUCAAUACUCUACUACUGAAGAGACUAUGGCCAACCUGCACUACCUUGGAUUGGAUAUAUAAUUGGGGGCACAGGAAUAAGAGGGCACCAGAUUUGGACAGGGUUGGCCAGAUUGAAAGCAGACUUGUCUGAUCCUUUUCAUCGGGGGCGGUCUGCUAGUUACAACUGACAUGAGACUGCCUCAUAUCUAUGGCCAGUCUUAAUGGGCUUGACAUGAAGCUGCUCACUGCCACUCACUAUAGAUGGUGGCUUUUCCCACCUCCUUCAUGAUCCCUCUUGUCAAGUAGGAGCAACUAGAGGGAUCAUUGGGUUGUAAUGAAAAAUUCUUGGAGCGUAUGACACAGAAUCACAGGCCAUUACAUUUGUAUCCUCCAUUCCAUGAUAGGUGAUUAGUUAGUUUGGUUUCCAUGUAACACUAUUACUACAGUAGAUGAGGUGAUGUACAGUUAUAAAGAACAUCUUUUACUAAGUAACAGGAAAUGCAGUGAGGGCUUUCUGCUAUACGCGCUGACACACCAUUUUCUUUGUACAUAGUAUUGUGUUUGUUAUGGAGUUGGGUGGUGGUCAUUGGCACACUAUCAGAAGCAAGCAUUGGGUGCACCAAUUACUCACCUUGCAGGACUCUCACGGUUAUGUAAAUGUAAGAGGUAUGACAAAUUGACUGGCCACUAAUCACCCUAACGUAGAGCCCGUACUGUGCAUACUCCACAGCAACCUAUUGUGAAGGGUGAACAUGGAAUGGGGUUGCUUCCUUUCCUUUUUAAUUCAUGUACUAUUAAGUAUUUUAACAUAUCCACUGUAAUUCUACAAUGUCAUUUUCAUCAGUUUUACAAUGGAAGAUACAGUAUUAUUUAUUGUACGAUUGGGGGAAACACCAGGGUUUGGCAAUGCUGCAGUUGGUCUUGGCCUAUCUGGGACAUUGAUGCCAUAUUGCUAGGAUAUGCCAUCAAUAUCACGUAGGUGCAGGUACCAUGUCUGGGACGCGCUCCUAUCUCCAGAACGGGACACCCAAAGCAAACAUAGAGCAGCCGUGUAUGCGUGGUCACCUUCUGUUCACUGCUAUAGGAGAUCUGAAAAUAACUCGGCACUGGAUCAGCUAUUCCCGUCAGUCUUGUAGAGGUGAAUGAAGAGGUGGCCGCACUGGUGCAUUUUCCAUUUACCGCUAUGGGACUUCUGAGAAUAGCUAAAGGCCAUCACUCUGCUAUUUUCGGAACUACAAUAGUGAUGAAUGGAAAGCAUGGGCGGUGUGCUCGCCUUCACUUUGGGGACCACGUUUGGAGAUAAGAGUGGGUCCGAUCUAUGUCCCAGGUUAGCCAACCCCUUUAUUGGGUUGGAUCAGUAACAACAUCUAUCACCUAUGCACAGGACAGAUAAUACAUGUAUGGUCAGCAGUCCCGAGUCCCUCAUUUAAUUGGAGCAAUGGUCAUGCCUGCGCACUAGUGCCUAUUUACAUGUCUGUGGGAAUGAUGCAACUAGUCGAGCGCAAUAUUUGGCUAUCUCCAUCGCUUCCUCAGAAAUAAAUGGAGCAGCGGCGUGCUUUUCCGACCAGCCGCCUCUUCCAUUUCCAGGGGGCUCCACAAGGUAUGUGCUUCCCAUUUUCAGCUAUCUUGUGGACGGGAUAACGUGUUAUAACAAGAAUAAACCUUUAAUUUUUUCCGUGUUACUAUCUAUAUUUAAAGGGAACCUGUCGCCUGGAAUCUGUGCAUAGAGCUGAGGACAGGGGUUGCUAGAUGGCCGC